UGUCAAACCUGUCUUGAAGCAAGAGCAUGUAUUUACAAGUUCCUUCACAAGUGACUUCCUCAUUUUCACCAUACUGUUGUCUGAUGACUGUCAACUCACUAACUCUCUGGAAGUUUCAAACAACAUACUUGGAACAUAUUUAUAUUUCCUUUCUGUAAGGUCGUGAAGCAGCGGUGUACUGUCUAAACAGGUGUAGCCUGUGCUCUGCAUAUCUCAGCAUGGGCCCCAAGAAGAAAAGUGUCUGGGAGAACCUGUGUGAGAAGACCAAGACCCAGUUUAACAACAUAAAGAAGAAGACAACCCCGGGGAAGCUGGAUGAGAAAAAGCCCAAGCCCCUGCGUUAUAGACGCAGUAUGUCAGUGCCAGACCUGAGGUUUGUUCAGGAAGCUGAAUCCUCUGCAGUAGAAAGUGCAUUCCCCACAGCAUCGGACGCCAUCUUAUUUGGUAGCUCCUCAGAUUCAAGUGAUAACACCUCUUUUAUCUCAGUCCCUCUAUUCAUGGACGGGCUGACUGCAACUGAUGCAGGCCCCUCAGGUAGAAAGACUGUGUAUGGUUUGGCUUUCAAAGAUAACAUGAAUGUGUCUGUUUCUAGAAUGAGUGCACCUGUGGAGACACAAACUCUCUAUGAUGAAUCAGAAGAGGAGGACAUGGCAACCUUUAUGGGCAGAAUCCACAUGCCAUCAGACAAAUGGAACACACCUGCAGAGAGAUCAACUUCUUCUGCUUCUUCUACUUCAGCAGAAAGAGUAAAAAUACCAGCGGACAGAGGGAACCCACCCGUACUUACCCCGAAAUCAAAUGCUCCAAAUAUAUAUGUGUGCACAACAAGAUUGACUUCAUCAGUGGAGGGAAUAAAUGUUUCUACAGAAAGAUUGCUCUUCUCUGAAGACAGAGUGGCCGCUAGGGACCGAGUGAGUACAUCUGCUGAAGGAUUUGCUUCUUCUGUCUCUGACCAAACAAACCUAGUUACAGAGAGACUGUCUGCUUCCAGUGAGGGAGGGAAACAACCAGCAGAAGUGAAAUGGUCUUUUCCUCCAAAUCCACAGGACAGAUUGAACAUCCCUCCAGAUAGAUGGUCUCUGCCAGUGAACAGGGCGGACAGGAUUGGCACCCCUGCUGACAGUAUGGACGGUUCUGCGUGUGGAACCCCAUUAGAGAAAGAACCCUACAUGUUCUGGCCCACUGACUCUGAGGACUUGGAUAUGCCAGAGCCCCCCGUAUCCACAUACAUCAGAGACAUCUUCUGCAGGGAGCUUCAGGAAGACAUUGAGUUACCCAGCGAGCACAAUGACUUCUAUGCCCAGCCCUUGCAGGAUCAAGCAGGCAACAAUGCUAUGGCAGCAGGGAGCCAACCUGGUCCUAUUCAGAAGUACCUCCUCACUGUCAACCUGAAGGAGGGCAGGAACCUGGUCAUCAGAGACCGUCACGGUACAAGUGAUCCUUAUGUCAAGUUCAAACUGGAAGGAAAGACGUUUUACAAAAGCAAAGUUGUGCAUAAGAACCUGAAUCCAAAAUGGAGUGAGUCCUUCUCUUUCCCCCUGCAGGAUUGGGAGCAGGUUGUCGACGUGAGGGUCUAUGAUAAGGACCGUACCACUGAUGAAUUCAUGGGUUCCAGCACAAUUGUGAUCAAAAACCUUGAAUUAGACAAGACCAGUGAGAUGGUGUUAAGUCUGGAGGACCCCAGCAGUCUGGAGGAUGACAUGGGCGUCAUCGUCAUUGACACAUGCCUAACUUUCAGAGAUGCUACGAUCAAAAGACCAAAAUGGCACCUGAAAAAUAGAAGAAGAUUUAGGGGAGGCCAGAACCAGAAGGGGGACCAGCCCCAGGAUAAGGACCAGCCCCAGGGUUCAGCUGAGGCCACCAAUAUGAGCCAGCUGUGGAGUGGCGUGUUCGGUAUUACCCUGUUAGAGGGACAGGACAUGCCUGAAUACGGCCAGGGGGACGUCUAUGUGCGUUACAGACUGGGAGAGCAGAAGUACAAGAGCAAGAACCUGCGCAUUCAGGCCAACCCUCGGUGGAGGGAGAAGUUUGACUUCAACAAGUAUGAGAACUGGCUGGAGCCACUGAAUGUGGAGGUGUUUGUUAAGAGAGGCAGGAAGAGUGCGGAAUCCUGGGGAAUGUUUGAGGUGGACCUGUCCAAGCUGCCAGUAAACACACAGCAGCUCUACACACAAGCCCUGGACCCAGGCAAAGGCAGGCUGAUAUUACUGGCCACCUUCAACCCCUGCAGUGAGGCCUCCAUAUCAGACAUUAACAAACCUCCCCUGGAACAGCCAGACGAGAGGGACCAAAUACUGGAGAAAUAUAGUUUGAAGAACUCUCACAAAGGUGUGAGGGAGGUUGGCUUCCUUCAAGUCAAGGUUUUCAAUGCAACAGAUCUCACAUCAACUGAUCUCAAUGGGAAAAGUGAUCCAUUCUGUGUACUGGAGCUGGGGAACAGCAGGCUACAGACUCACACCAUCUACAAAACACUCAGCCCCGAGUGGAACAAAGUCUUUACAUUCCCAGUAAAGGACAUCCAUGAUGUGUUGGAGCUGAAGGUCUUUGAUGAAGACGGAGACAAAGCCCCAGACUUUUUGGGCAGAGUGGCCAUUCCACUACUCUCUGUUCAGAAUGGACAGCAGGUCACCCGAGGGUUGAAGAAUGAGAACUUGAGGGGUCCAGCCAAAGGGACCAUCUCACUGGUGAUGGAGGUCCACUAUAACCCAGUUAGAGCCGGCAUCAAAACCUUCAAACCAAAAGAGGAGAAAUUCAUGGAGGACAACAGAAAAUUCUCCAAAAAGGUCCUUGCCCAGAAUAUCUACCGAGUUCGGAAAAUCACCCUGGCAGUGCUGCAUACGUUACAGUACAUUAAAAGCUGUUUUCAGUGGGAGAGCACACAGCGGAGUGUAAUAGCCUUGCUGACCUUCAUGGUGAUGGUGUGGACCUGGGAACUCUUCAUGAUGCCCAUCUUCCUGCUGCUGCUUAUCGGCUGGAACUACUUCCAGGUCACCCCGGGGAGGGUCAGCAGCAAUCAGGACUUGACGAACAUGAACAUGACCGAUGAUGAGGAGGAAGAUGAGAAGGAAUCUGGGAAAAAGGGACUGAUGGAGAAAAUCCAUAUGGUUCAAGAGAUCAUCAUCACUGUCCAAAACAUUUUGGAUGAAAUCGCAUGCAUAGGGGAAAGAGUCAAGAACACAUUCAACUGGUCUGUGCCCUUCCUGUCCUGCCUGGCCUGCUUGGUUCUCUUUGUGGCAACAGCAGCAUUAUACUACAUCCCACUGCGCUACAUUAUCUUCAUAUGGGGCGUUAACAAAUUUACCAAGAAGCUGCGCAACCCGUAUGCCAUUGACAAUAAUGAAAUACUGGAUUUCAUCAAGAGGGUGCCCUCUGAUGUUCAAAAGGUGCAGUACAGCGAGCUGAGAGCGCCCAGCGUCCAGAGCCCACCACGAAGGAGAAGGUAAGCCCCUUGGACGUGCUGGAUGAAAGGACCAGGCUCCUUCUGAAAACGGCACAGCCCAGUCUGCUACGAUGACAACGCUCCAGUGCCAGCAGAACCUGCGACCCCUUAUCCCCCUUACUCCCCCCUCUCCCCUGCCCCGUGCUGCGGGGAUGCAGUCAGCCGCUCUCCCGCUUGUGUGUCUGCCACCCCCCUGACAGGGGCUGUGCACUGCACCGGGCUAGGAGGGCAGCACAUGGAGCUGUCAAUCAUAGAGCCAGAGACACCGUCCGCCCACUCCGGCCCAGCUUGCAUCCAUUCAUGCAUUUUAUAAAAAGAAUGAGAGCUAGAGUUUGGUUUAACUCAAACCACUGCUGUUUUGCUUUUAUAGAUUUGAAUAGUAACACCUUGAUCAGACUUGACAGCCUCAUUGCAUCAAGGCUGCCUAAAAUAUUCUGCAGUCAAACUUUUUUCAUUAUGUAAUCCAACAUUUGUGCUGGAUGUGUAUGCAACAAAAGUUAAACAUUCCCCUUUUGCUACUAUUUCUGUCAAGUCUAUGCAUACAAUUUGAUGUUUACAUUGGAUUUAUCCAACAUCUGCACCACACGAAACACACUGCAACUGCCUCUGCAACGCAUUGCUGCAAGUCAAACACAGCAUUACAUUGGAAAUGAAUGUACUUCUGAUGUACAAAAUGCGCCUUCGGUCAGACCAAGGCGUUCAACUGAACUGCUGCAAUGCUUUGACUCAUUUACAUUUUCAUUUCAUAUAAGGGCAAAUACAAUACUGUAACUUUGCUAAAUCCAGUUAUUACUUUGUGGUCACAUUUAUUUAUUUUUAUUAUAUAUAUUUUUUAUUAACCUCCCUCUUCGGAGGACACAUCUUGUUUAUUUAUUUACAGCUUUUCUGCUACAAUUAACAAAUCAAAUUGUAUUUGUCACAUGCGCCGAAAACAACAAGUGUAGACCUUACCAUGAAAUGCUUAGUUACAAGCCCUUAACCAACAGUGCAGUUCAAGAAGAGUAAAGAAAAUAUUUACCAAAUAAGCUAAAGUAAAAAAUAAUGAAAAGUAACACAAUAAAUAACAAUAACGAGGCUAUAUACAGGGGGUACCGGUACCAAGUCAAUGUGCGGGGGUACAGGUUAGUCAAGGUAAUUUGUACAUGUAGGAAGGGGUGAAGUGACUAUGCAUAGAUAAUAGCAGCUGUGUACAAAACAAAUGGAGUACCAGUCUUUAUUUUUUACUAUUUUCUACAUUGUAGAAUAGUAGUGAAGACAUCAAAAUUAUAAAAUCACACAUGGAAUCAUGUAGUAACCAAAACAGUGUUAAAUAAAUCCAAAUAUAUUUUACAUUCUUCAAAGUAGGCAUUCUUUGCCUUGAUGACAGCUUUGCACACUCUUGGCAUUCUCUCAACCAGCUUUACCUGGAAUGCUUUUCCAACAGUCUUGAAGGAGUUCCCACAUAUGCUGAGCACUUGUUGGCUGCUUUUCCUUCACUCUGCGGUCCAACUCAUCCCAAACCAUCUCAAUUUGGUUGAGGUCGGGUGAUUGUGGAGGCAGGGUGAUCUGAUGCAGCACUCUAUCACUCUCAUUCCUGGAAAAAUAGCCCCUACACAGCCUGGUGGUAUGUAGGGCCCAAACCAGAUGGGAUGUGCCUUGAAUUAUAAAUAAAUCAGUGUCACCAGCAAAGCACCCCCACCACAUAACACCUCCUCCUCCAUGCUUUACAGUGGGAAAUAUACAUGCGGAGAUCACCGAUCAUCCGUUCACUCACACUGCAUCUCACAAUGACACAGCGGUUGGAACCAAAAAUCUCACAUUUUGACUCCAGACCAAAGCACAUAUUUCCACUGGUCUAAUGUCCAUUGCUCGUGUUUCUUGGCCCAAGCAAGUCUCUUCUUAUGAUUGUUGUCCUUUAGUAGUGGUUUCUUUGCAGCAAUUUGACCAUGAAGGCCUGAUUCACACAGUCUCCUCUGAACAUUUGAUGUUGAGAUGUGUCUGUUACUUGAACUCUGUGAAGCAUUUAUUUGGGCUGCAAUUUCUAAGGCUGGUAACUCUAAUGAACUUAUCCUCUGCAGCAGAGUUAAUUAUGGGUCUUCCAUUCCUGUGGCGGUCCUCGUGAGUCAGUUUCAUCAUAGUGCUUGAUGGUUUUUGCAACUGCACUUGAAGAAACUUUCAAAGUUCUUAAAAUGUUCUGUAUUGACUGACCUUCAUGUCUUAUAAUAAUGAUGGACUGUCAUUUCUCUUUACUUAUUUGAGCUGUUCUUACCAUAAUAUGGACUUGGUAUUUUGCCAAAUAUGGCUAUCCUCUGUAUACCCCCCUACCUUGUCACAACACAACUGAUUGGCUCAAAUGCAUUAAGAAGGAAAGAAAUUCCACAAAUUAACUUUAAAGAAGGCACACCUGUUAAUUGAAUUGCAUUCCAGGUGAGUAUCUCAUGAAGCUGGUUGAGAGAAUGCCAAGAGUGUGCAAAGCUGUCAAUCGAGGCAAAGGGUGGCUAUUUGAAGAUUCUCAAAUAUAAAAUAUUUUGGGAUUUGUGUAACACUUUUUAAUUUACUACAUGUUUCCAUAUGUGUUAUUUCAUUGUCUUCACUUUUCAUCUACAAUUUAGAAAAUAGUUUAAAAAAAAUAAAGAAAAACUAAAACCUUUGUAUAUCAUUAUUUUAAUUCAAAUGUCAAUUCACUGUACAAUAAUUUGUAUAAAUUACCAGAAUAUUCUUUAUAAUGAAGAAUACAUUUUCGGAAUCGAGCCAAAGGAAAGUUUGAUACAUGUAACUUUGAGUUUCCAGUCUACUGUGCAACUUCUCAGGUUUCCUGUUUUGGUAUGUUCUUCUUUGUAUAUCCUCAAAUCUAUUUUUUAUGAAUUGUAAAAUAUAGAAACAAUCCCAUCUCCGACUGGAGUUGUUGCAGACUGAUUUUGUCCCUAACUACACUGUACUGGGGAUGGAUUAGGCCACUUCUAUCCCUGUAUACACAGUAAACACAUCUGAUUGCACAACACACCCAUUGGAACAGAGCUCAUGCAUUGGCCACCACUGUGCCUUGGUUACUGAGCUCACAUCAAAGCACUGUACGUCGGUCCAGUGCAGUGGCUAAUGCAGCGCUUUGUUGCCUUCUCACAAUAACAGGGUCCACAUGAGAGAGAGCUCAUCUCUCCAAGAGAGUACUCCCCAUCCUCAGCACUUAGUGCUUCACAUUUCCAUUAAAAUCACCUCCCCUGCCUAAUGGUGGCUACACAGACACACACGCACACACACAGCUCCAUGAUAGUCUUUCUCUCCAUGAUGGAGUUCUUGGAAGAGUAACAUAUGGUUUCUUUUCCAUCAGACAUAAUCCCCAAUCAGAGGGCAUUUUACGGUUUGCUUCGAGGCAUCUUCAAGUUAUCCACAAUGAUUAGCCUCAAGCACUGAUGUGAUGUUACUUAGAGAUGAUUAUUGGUGUGUUUGGAAGAUUGUUUUAGAUCUUAUGUGUAUUAGAUUUGAAUGUGAUGAUUUUCAAACAGUUUUAUCCUUGAUGGGCCUACAUUAACUGGCUCUUUCAUUGCCUUUGAGAAAUGACUAUCUCUUUUCAAUGGGAAAUCAAUUAUUCUCAUGACAUUUCUAGACUAAGGACAUAUUGCUUGAUGGAUCAAAUCUAUGUGGAAUACUUUUCGCACAUAUAACAGUGGAACUUUAAACAUAUAACAUGUUAUCAGAGUUCUUAGAGAUUGGCCUUUUUGUCAUUGGCUCUCCAAACAGUAGGCCAUUAAAAUAACUUAUUGUUCA